AGCAGAGAGUAAGGAGCUUAGCAGGCAUAAAAAGGAGCAGAGAUAAGCAGCAAUUGUUAAGAAGUCACAGUGAGUCUAGUUAGUGAGGUUAACAGCUCUCCCUGUGCCCCACCCUGAAAGAUCAUGGAGGACAACCUGGACAGGGCUGAACUCUGCUACCCUCAGCUCCUGAACAGGUCCUGCAGCGGAGUGAAGCGACCUCGCUCUGAGGCCGUCCUGCUCUACACGCUGCUCUCCUCCAUCACCAUUGUCACUGUUGCAUUAAACCUGCUGGUGAUCAUCUCCAUCUCUUAUUUCAGACAGCUGCAGACCCCCACCAACAUGUUGCUGCUGUCCUUGGCCACCUCAGACCUCCUGGUGGGGCUGCUGGUGAUGCCGGUGGAAGUGGUGCGCUUCAUUGAGCCCUGCUGGCUGCUGGGGGAAGCCAUGUGUGCUCUGUCUUACAUUGUUGGCUUCACUCUCACCUCAGCCUCUGUGGGGAACAUGGUGCUGAUUUCGAUGGAUCGUUACGUCGCCAUCUGCUUUCCCCUGCAGUACACCACUAAAAUCACUCGUAGCAGAACUGAGGUAUCUGUGAGCCUUUGCUGGGCCUGCUCUCUCCUGUACAACGGCGUCAUCUUGAAGGACCAUCUCAGGCAGCCAGACAGAUACAACUCCUGCUACGGGGAGUGUCUGGUGGUCAUUAGCUACGUCUCAGGAACCGUCGACCUUGUGUUCACAUUCAUCGCCCCUUGCUCGGUUAUCGUCCUCCUGUACAUGAGAGUGUUUGUAGAGGCGGCGUCGCAGGCCAGAGCCAUGCGGUCUCAGGUGGCAGCUUUCACAGUCACAGCAAAGAAAUCCGAGAAGAAAGCAGCCAGGACUCUCGAAAACCUCAGCAUGCUGAGGAUAACUGGAAUCAGAGGCUCUAAAGCACCGUCUCUCCUCAUGCUGAGGUUGUGCAUAGCUGUAACUUGCGCCAUGUUGGCUUACACCAGUAAACUCUAGUCCUUAUUUAUACAUGGUAAGUUACGAACAACUAAUCUGUUUAAAAUGAAGUAAUGACUAAUGCAAUACCGAGUUUAACAAAUUCACUAG